UCGAUAACAAUAAUAAAUAACAAAAAUCUACUACAAUUGUUUCUGUUUGUGUUAGAAUAUUUUAAUAAAGUAGUGAAAAUUAUUAAAAUUUAAAAACACCUACAAUUAUAUAUUGAUCCAAACAAAUUGAUUUAAGGGUGUACAUAGAUCGACGUAUUUUCGUUUUAAUAAAAUAUGAGGGAUCGUGAACGUUAUAAAGAUAAAGGACAUGACCGUUCUAAAGAUAAACAUCGUGACCGUUCUAAUAGUGUAACUAGAACACGUAGGGGUAGGUCUCACAGUUCAUCGCCAAGGAUAAGGCGUGAACCACGCGAAAAGUCAAGAAGCCCUCGUCGUGGUCGUUCACGAAGUUCUCCACGAUCUAGACGUGAUGUUAGAAAAAGAAGUCGUUCCCGUCCUCGUCAUUCACGAUCAAGAUCACCUGUAAGACGUCAUUCUAGAGAUAGAGAGCGUCGUCGUUCUAGAAAUCGUGAUUUGCGAAGAUCAAGGUCAAGAACACCAAUAAAAAAAGAUAAAAAAAUUAUUAGAUCAGUUCAACACACAGCUCCUAAAAUUACCGAAGAAGAUUUACGUGGUAAAACAGCAGAAGAACAGGAAAUGAUGAAAAUUAUGGGUUUUUGUAACUUUGACUCUACUCAAGGUAAAGAAGUUGAUGGUAAUAAUGUUGGUGAUGUUCAUGUGAUACUUAAACGGAAAUAUCGACAGUAUAUGAAUCGUAAAGGUGGAUUUAAUAGGCCUCUAGACUUUGUAGCUUAAGUAACUCUUGUAUAGCUUAUUUAUUACGUUACUUUAAUAUAAACAAUUGUAUCUAAAUUUGACAAAUUAUAUUAUUAUAUAUAAUAUUAA